GCACGCUUUAACGGUUGUUGUGAAGAAACUCUGUUAUUGUUUAAGUUUUAUGAUAUUUUGAACUGUAUUAUGAAUACAUAUAUAUUUGUUUAGCACAGAAGAAAUAUAUUGUGAAACCAAAUGUUCAGUCAAACAUCUGUGAUUCAGCAGACAAUGUAAUGGAAGCUGUCAAAUUGCAGUAAUGACGAAAAUGUCAGUUUCAACUUCAACUUCAAACGAAGCCGAAGACCUUGUUUCCGAGUUUACCUCUUUAUUAGAGAAAUGGGGUACAAAUCAAGCUUCGUGGAAUGGCGAAACAACAGUAAAAAAUUUGAAAAGAUUAGCAGAAAUUAUAGAGAUAGAAACAGAAGCCUUUUAUAAACUAGAUCUUGACCCAUUUGAUGACAGACAUCCAGACCGAGCAGACCCCACUUGUGGUCUCGGGAAAGUUUUAGUGAAUCUCUCCAAGAAUGAACGUUUCAUGAAUGAGUUGGUUGGCAACUAUAUUAUGAGAAGUCGUGAAGAUAUUCCAUUACAAACAGCUGCAUGCCGUCUAUUAUUAGAUGUUAUGCCAGGUGUAGAAGCCUCAAUAUUAUUUCAAGAAACAGAGGGUCUCACUGAAAAAAUAUUCCAGUGGGCAGAACUUGGGUCGGAACCACUUCGAUCUUAUGCCACAGGGCUUUUUGCAGUUGCUAUCAAAUUACCAGAAAUAUCAAUUGACUUUAGAGAAAAAAAUGCACAUCUUGUUCCAAUAAUGUUACGUAGAUUGCACAAAUUAUGUGAAUCACAGUCAAAUCCUAGUGAGGUUUCAAAGACCAAUAAGCGUCAUUUCUCAGAAGUGUCUAAGAACUCUAACUCUAAAGAUAAAUGCCUAAAAAAAACAGAAUCUGAGAAUUUACCAGGGACAUCAAAUGAUUCAAAUAAAAAGAAUUCCAGUACUGGUGGUAAAGAUGAAGUACGCUUAUCAAGUUUUGAAACAAGUGAAAAUCUUCACAAAAUGUCUAUGAAAGAAAAUUCUUCUGCUACAGUCUCUCCAAAUACGCAAUCUUCAUCGUCCUUAAAGAGAGGCUUAUCCCUAUCUCCCAGAUAUAAUAGUGACGAUUUUCAACAAAAUAAAAAGAGUCGCAACGAUAGUCAAACAUAUUUCAAUUCAGAACUUACAUGUAGUAACAGCAGUUGGUUAGAAAUGGAGCAUUUUAUCAUUGGAUCGUAUUCAAUGGAACCACUUAGUGUGACAAUGAAACAAAGAAUAAUAUUGCAAUAUUUAACCCCCAUGGGUGAAUAUCAAGAUCUAUUGGGUUUUGCAUUUGAAUAUAACGCAAUGGACUUGAUCAUUUUUUACAUAGACUUAAAAAAAAAUACUGAUGUUAGAUUAGCAUUUGAGGCUCUAAAAUAUCUUGCAACUUUAUUGUGCCAUAAGAAAUUUGCCAUUGAGUUUCUCCAACGAGGAGGUAUCGAGAAACUAAUCACAAUAAAUAGACCAUCUAUCGCUGCUACAGGUGUGUCACUUUGUCUGUAUUUUAUGUCAUAUUUUGAAGAUGCUUUGGAACGUGUUUGUCUUCUGCCAGAACACAUACUUGUUAAUCUUGUGGAAUAUGCUUUAUGGCUAUUAGAAUGCUCGCAUGAUUCAAGUCGUAUUCAUGCUGCUAUGUUCUUCAGCCAAACAUUCCCAUUUAAGGUCAUGUUGGAUUUAUUUGACCAACAAAAUGGGUUAAGACACUUGUUUAAUGCCAUAAGUACUUUAGCACUGUUAAACGUUGAAGAUAAUUCUGAAAAUUUAUCUGAGGAUUAUGUUUUUACUAUGAGACAAACUGCAAGACAUGUUUGUGGUGCAAUGAGGAUGUAUUUUGAUGCUCACAUGAUUAUGAAAGCUGAGGAAAUAAAAAGAUCACAUGAUCGAAGUGAUGAACAUCCUCCUGUCCAUGAAACCGCAUCAUUCAGACCGGUGAAAAUAUCAGAAGAACUAAUUGAAGAGAAUAUUGAACUACUGAGUAUGUUUUUCCCAAUAAGAUCACAUUGGACCCCAGUCAUUACAUUUCAGAAACUGGGAGGAAUUCAUUUAUUAUUACAGCUUAUCUCUAUGGCACCAGACUGGAAUUCAUACCCUGGCAGACCUGAAACAGUAAAGGCUGCCCUGGACGUAUUGGCUGUGUGUACUGUUACUCCUCGAGCCCAAUCAGUGCUAUUAGAAACUAUAUGUCUACCUAAUGAUGUUAAGUCUCCUGCAAUCAGUAUUAUAAUCGGUCUUGCUGAGGGAGAAACUUUAUUGAUAGAUGCCGAUGUACAAAGAUCGGCACUGACUAUUAUUGUGAACUGUGUUUGUAGUCCUAUAGAUAGGUUUGGGGGAGGUGUGGGACGCUUUAUGGGUUCAGGUUCAAAGAAGAGACUUAAUACUAAGGGUGGAGAGGAUAUUUUGACAAAAAUGUGGAAUGCAGUGCGCACAAAUAAUGGUGUUAUGGCCCUUCUUAAAUUGCUAUCAGUAAAAACACCAAUAACGGAUGCCGAUGCCAUCCGAGCUCUGUCUUGUAAAGCUCUAGUCGGGUUGUCCAGAUCUGAGACUCUAAGACAAAUUAUCAGUAAAUUGCCACUUUUUAAUAAUGGACAACUUCAGUUAUUAAUGAAAGAACCUGUUCUUCAAGACAAGAGACAGGAACAUAUCAGAUUUUGUAAAUAUGCUUGUGACCUCUUGGAGAAAGUAUCUGGAAAACAAUCAAAAUGUGUCAAUGCUUCUUUGGAAGAGAUUAGACGGUCUGACAUAGUCUCAAAAACAAAAAUCAUUUUCCAAGAAAAAGAACUACUACAACUAAUCUGUGGCCAUUUACUGUCUAAAGGUUAUCCAGAUUCUGCGAACUUGUUAAGAAAGGAAGCCAAACUCCCUGCCUUUACAUCCCCAUCUGUUGUUCACAUAGCAGCACCAAAUAUAUUCUCUCCAUCUACCAGUAGUUCAAAAUUUACUCGUCAGCUUAGUGCUUCAGCCAGUAUAUCUGCCCCUACAUUAGCUGCUCUAAGCCCAACAGCAUCCUCUACAACUGUACCAACUCCAAUCAAAUUUACCAUGGGGCGAAAUCUUCAAACAAGCCAAUUAAAUACCCCCAAACCAGGAGGUGUUCAUGGGACAUCUAAAAGUAAAUACAUUAGAGACUGUAGAGAAAAAGAUACUCUUGCAGUAACACCCGCCCCUAGUGUUCGUACUCUCUCAGGAAAAUCUCUUAGUGAUUAUGACAUUUCUUUGGAUAAAAUAGUGACAGAGUAUUUACGAAAACAACAUGCACUCUGUCCAAAUCCAGUAGUUACUUGUCCUCCCAUGUCUCUGUUUUCACCUCAUCAGUGUCCGGAGCCUCGGGGUCAAAAGACUGCUCCCAUCAACUUCACUACCAGGUAUCUUAACCGAUCCAUUUAUCCGAGAAAUGGAGGCCUUGAUCGUGCUAAAUAUGAUAGAAAGUUAAUCUAUAGUCGAUUUAGACCUGUAAAAACUUUUAAAGAUACCGAAGAUGAUGGUUUCGCUUGUUGUGCUUUAACAUCAGUCGGGUAUCUACUGCUUGGGACAUUUUCUGGAGAAAUCAAAAUGUGUAAUAUCUAUACUGAAGAGUUAGGAAUAUACAGCUGCCAUUCGUCGCCAGUUAUUCAUUUAGAUCCUUCUACAGAUGGUAAUCUUCUGCUUACAUCAACAUGGGGAACAAUGCAGGAUUCUUCUCUAUGGGCAUGGGUAGAUGACACCUUAGAGAAUAGGUUCACCUUUGAUGAUACUUACGCUGAAUUCAGUAAAAUUACUCAGGACAAGAUUAUUGGUACUAAGGAUGAAACUGCCCAUAUUUAUGACACAGCUACAGGUCAACUGAUUAUGACUUUAUAUGACACUAGUAAAGCUAACAACUACAAAUCUAAUAUUGCCACCUUUAGUCCUUGUGGGGAUCUUGUGUUGAAUGAUGGUGUUUUGUGGGAUGUCAGGUCCACCAAACCAAUACACAAGUUUGAUAAAUUUAACCCCAGUAUCAGUGGUGUGUUCCAUCCAAUGGGACUGGAAGUAAUUAUUAAUUCUGAAGUGUGGGAUGUGCGAACUUUCCAUUUACUUCAUACGGUACCAGCCUUAGACCAAUGUCAGAUACAGUUUAACUAUUCUGGUGAUGUAAUUUAUGCCACUCAUUUCGAUGAAGAUCCUAGUCCAGAAGAUAGGUAUCGAAGUCCCUACAGUUCUACACUUCGCACAUUUGACUCAACAGAUUAUACACAUAUCGGAACAAAGGAUUUAAAGACAAAAAGUAUCUUUGAUCUUUCUACCGACAAAUCAGAUUGUUACCUUGCUGUGGUGGAAAAUCAAAAAUUUUCUGAGCGAAGUGGAGAGGAGAGUUUAUGUCGACUUUAUGAAGUUGGUAAAAGAAGGGAUGAUGAGGAAGAUCAGCCAGAAGAAGAAGAGGAGAAAGGCAAUGAUGAUGAUGAUGAUGAAGACGACGAUGAUGAUGAUGAUGACGAUGAUGAUGAGGAAGAUGUAGGUGAUGAUAAUAUUGGUUCAGAUGAUGAUCUGGAGCUUGAUGACUUGAAUGGUGGGGAUGAUUUAGAAGGUAUUGAAUAUGAGCUAGAUGAUGAAGAUGAUGAUGAUGAUGUUGAUGAUGAUGCAGAUGAUGUUAUAUUGAAUUUAAAUGACUUGAGCAGUGAAAAUAGUGAAGAUGAUAAUUCAUUGUUUCAACUUAUUUAGUCAUAUUUCAUAUCUUAAAGUAGGUCUUAUUUGUGUAAAAAAUUAAAUAAAAAUGUUGAUUUAAUAAAACCGGAUAUGUCAAUUUAAUGGGAAAGAUAUAACUCCACCUUAUAGAUAUAUGUGUCCAUUUAGAGAGUAAAAUGGAAUGCUAACAGCCACCAAGAAAAGUAAAAAAAAAAAAAUAGUAAUAAAUGAUGAAUUCAACAGAAUGACUUCCACUAAAUUUGCAGACAAGGAAAAUAUAAGCUUGAUUACCAUUUGAAUAAGCAUAUUUAGUUUUUUUAAAUCAAAAAGUUUGUUUUUACAAAAAGAGGCCUUGGUAGAUUGAGUUAUAAUGUAUUAAACAAAAAUUUGGAAUAGAAGUUCAUGCUUAACAGUGCUUUGGUGUAAAACUUUAUUGUGAUUGAGCCACUUUUUAAUUAUCAACAUUUAUGAAAUUUUAUACAUCAACCACACAAGUGCAUUUUGAUUGUGUGUGGUUUUUUUUUAAAACUACCAAUACUGCUGUAAAUAUCAGACCUCUGUAUAUAAGUAAGAUAUAAAUUUUAUGGUAAGAUGUAUAUUAUAUUAAUGUACUUUGUAAACACCAAAAAAAUUAUUCAUUCAAGUUAUUUUAUGAAUUAAAUUUGUUUGGUUAUUUUCAUUUGGGCCCCAUUUUAGAUCUUCAUAUCUUCUUUAGUUCAUACAUAAAAAAAGAUGUCAAUGUCUUGAAUUAUAUAAGUUAAGGCACAUAUUAAAAUUUUGAAGAAAUAUUUGAAACCUAAUCAUAGUCGGUGUAUUAGGACUAUUUAAAAUGCAUUACCCUUUAAACCGUUUGGUAUCCCAAUGUCUUUUGGUUAAAUAUAGAUCUUGAAUAAAUGGCAUCGGCAGUGUUUUAAAUUUCUUCAGUUAUUAAUUCCAGUGGCGCCUGUAUGUGAUUUUUGGGUAAUAUUAUCUCAUUUAAUCAGUUAAUUUCAAGUUUUUACAGGGUUAAAUUCAAAAGAAUUAUUAUAUUUGUUUGUUGUUAAAAAUGAACACCAAGGCUUGUAAAUAUUCAAUAAAUUAAAUAUAUUUUUUUCAAA